CGUCAAAGUGAUCACGAUCAAUCAAACUAUGUUUAUUGCUAGGCAACUGGUUUCGAUUUAUUUACUAGAAUUUACUACUCGAAAGGCGAACUACGCGCAUCUAUUACUUAAUAUUUAUAUUUUCUAAUAAAUAUACAAUGGCGCCUCCUACGCCAAAUCCGCACGAUACUAUUCCAUACCAUCUAAUUAGAAGAGCAACGAAGAGAAGUGAACCAGGCUGCUACCAAUUACAUAGACCGUCCCAAUGUCGUCACAAGUUCCCCAUAACCAAGCGUCCCAUCCACAAAUGCGAGCUACCCCGCCGCGAAUUCACGAUGGUUCCGGAGGUGGGCGGGGGCUUUAGGAAGCUAGAAGUGCCAAGGGGAGAGAAAAACUACUAUCCUGCUGUUAUGCCUAAGAGCGAGUUUGAGCGACUAAAAGAGCAGGCUAGGGUGAUGACCCAGGAGGAGCAGAUCGCGGCCAUGCACGCUCAAGAAGCCGCCAUCCAGAAGGCGGCCAAGGAGUCCGAGAUGCGCAAAAGGAAUCUAAAGGAGAACCUCAAGCCUCAACCCGGGGCGGAGGCUGCGGCCGGACAGGCGGACCCUGAGUUAGAGGGGCCGGACCAGACGGCUCACACCCUCAGCAGGAACGAGAUGCUAAGAGCGGACAACAUGCAGGGUCCGCGUCUGUGUAACCGCGUCAUCUUGGCUUCCAAAGCCCACGCCAUUCGCGACGCGCAGAUCGUCGAGAAAGAACUCAUCAAGAAGGAACUCAUGGAUGAAGAGAGACGCCUAGACGCCAUAAUGGAAGAGAACCGCCAGGCGGCCGUGGCGCGCGCCGAGGCGGAGGAGGAGCGCCGCCACGGGCUCCGGCUGCAGAACCUGACGGCGCUCAAGGAACAGAUCAACUCCCAUGAGUUUGCCAAGGUAAUGGAAGCGGAACGCAUCGAAGAAGAGAGUAUCCGCGUGAACCAAUCCAACAUCGCCAUGCAGAUCGACGAAGCACAGAAGCUGAAAGAGAAACAUGGCCGACAGCGGCUGCUGAAGGAGAUACUCGACCAAGGCAACGCCGAGCUCCUCUACUUCAAGCAGCUCCAGAUGGAAGAGGAACGUAUAAACGAUCUUCGCGUCGCUAAUUUCUUGAAGCAGAAACAGGAGCGCGAGUCCAGGAACCGGGCGGAGGCCGAGGCCAUCAAGGCGGCCAAGCAGAAGGGCAUCGACCACAUCGCUAAAGCCCAGAAGGCUGAACAAGAGCUGAAAGAAGAAUUGGAACGCAUCCGCAACUUAAAGAUACAAGAGGACGUCGAGAGAGAAUACCGACGGAAAGAAAGGGACAACGCUAUACGGCGGAACAGAGAGAUGAAGAAUCUGCACCAAGCGCGUGAGCAACAGAUCCACGACAUCCACCGUCUCAUCGCGCGCGAGAUCGCCAAGGACGAGCAGAGCUUCAACAACGCUGCCCGACAGAACGAGGAGUUUUUGCAGAAGGAAAAGGAGCUUGAUAACAAACGCAAGGCGCGUAUUGAACAGCACCGCCAAGAGAUCAUGAAGCAAAUCAACGACAAGGAGCGCGCCAGGGCUGAACUGCGUGAGAAGAUCCACAACGAGGGCGUGGCUCUGAGGAUGGAGCAAGAACAACAAGACAAAUACGAGCGCAGAGUCAUCAAGGAGAAGGUGGCCGCUAUGAGACAGCAGAAGGUGGCCGAGAAAUACGUGAAGGAGGUCGAACAGACCCUCGGCCACUACGGAUACAAGGACCUGAGCUAAAACACCACC